AUGAUUGGAAGGACAGUCAUGGGGGCGGUGACGGUUCAUUCUUCGGCCCAGGCCUUUUGGGUGUGCUGUCAGCACACCUCGAGACGUCAUGCAGGCUGCAAAGGCUCCACCGGUUCUCGUUGCUUGUCGUCGCCGGCGUGUCCGUUUGCCACGCUGGGGAUCAGCGAGAGUAGCAGUCUUGGGGCGGUGAAGGCGGCCUACCGAGCAAGAUGCCAAACGGACCACCCUGACGUUGGUGGCAGUGAGGCGGAGUUUCGUUUUAUCAAGGAGGCCUACGAGGAGUGUACCCGCCGUGUGCGCGAACGAGCAACGAAGGGUCAUGGCGCGUCCUCCAAGACGAGCGUGCAUGGAACAGCUCCGGAUCCUGCAGAGGAAACCGAUGACGGAAAAUUUCGGCGUAAGUCAGAUGCCUGGUAUGAAUCCCACGCCAAAUGCCUUCACGAUCAGCGACAAGUGUUUUACGGUGCGUUCCCUUACGCGAAGACAAUUGAGGAACUGGAUGAGCUCUUUUCUUCCGCGCUGCGUGGCCACUGCUUCGACACCAUCGACCUGGCCGAACCCCUGGUGCUUGUAUUAAAACACUACCAUUUAGUGACUGGCUACGGUGCCUCACAUCUGCGCAGCUGCUUCAACGCCAUAGACCGAUGGGAGGAGUUUACUACGUCUCGGGCAGGGACCACCAUGUAUCAUAUUUUGCUGCAGCUGUACACGGACGGCCCUAGGCAGGGGCUGACUGCAACACUCAUUGCAGAAAGCGUGGAGGCUGUGAUGGAGCGGAUGAGUGCAAAGGGCCUCGAGUUUGAUGACUGGACGCUUACGCUGGCGUACAAAGCGUACCGAACAUCGCCAUACCCGUUUUAG